UUUGUGCAAUAAACCGUCUGUGGAGAUGUGAUACACACCCUGGAGAGAAAUAUUUCAACAUAGCAUUAUGUACAAGUCAUUUCUUUGCAGCCUUCCCAAGUCUUCUUUUAACCGGGUGUGGGUUUGCUGUUAGUAUAGAAAAAUAAUCAAAAGAUCACGAAAUGCCUCAAGGUUUGACAGACGUUCUGGAGGAGUGGAAAUGUCUGGAAGGAGAGUACGAACAACUUCAGGAGACACAUCGACUGUACAUACAGAAACUGGACGAAAUUUCCAAUCUACAAACCAAAUGCACCUCGUCCAUUUCCAGGCAGCGCAAAAGGCUGAAGGAGGUGUCCCAGCUAGUGAAAAACACUGGACCAUCAGAAGAAGAUGCUAAGACCUUGGAUGAAGUCAAAGAGAAAAUAAAGGCUCGACCAAAUGCUUUCUUUGAAAUGGAAGCUUUCCUUCCCAAGAAAAAUGGGUUGUACCUCAGUCUGGUUCUUGGAAAUGUGAAUGUGACUCUUCUCAGCAAGCAGUCAAAAUUUGCCUACAAAGAUGAAUAUGAGAAGUUCAAGCUGUACCUCACAGUGCUCCUGCUGCUGUUCUCCUUCAUAUGCUAUUUCUUUGUGAGCUACAGAUUCCUUGAUGCAAUCUUCAACUUCCUGCUGGUGUGGUACUACUGUACGUUAACGAUCAGGGAAAGUAUCCUCAUCACCAACGGCUCCAGAAUCAAAGGCUGGUGGGUUUUUCAUCACUACGUCUCAGCUUUUUUGUCCGGUGUAAUGCUGACAUGGCCUGAUGGGAAUCUGUAUAAAUCAUUCAGGAACCAGUUCCUUGCCUACUCCUUGUAUCAAAGCUUUGUCCAGUGUCUGCAGUGCUAUUAUCAGAGCGGGUGUCUGUACAGGCUGCGAGCUCUGGGAGAGAGACACAACAUGGACCUGACCGUGGAGGGAUUUCAGUCAUGGAUGUGGAAAGGGCUGACAUUUCUUUUGCCCUUCCUCUUUUUUGGACAUUUCUGGCAGCUCUUCAACAGCCUGUCUCUCUUCAGGAUGGCUCAGCUCCCAGACUGUAAAGAAUGGCAGGUCAUGAUGUGUGGUCUCAGCUUCCUCAUUCUGUUCAUGGGAAACUUCUUCACCACUGUUGCUGUGGUCCGCCAGAAGCUCAAGACCAGGAAACAAAAAUCAAAGACUCUGUGAUUCUUAAUGAUGACCGAAACAAGAUGCUGUGAUCUUCUCCGAAUGAAGGCUUAUGUCAUUGUUACUGCCGUCAUUAAAGUUUGCUACGUUAACAUGCUAUCAAAUUAAAUAUUUUGGCUAAGAUUACAACACAUGUACAGACACAGGAACAUGAAAACAUUGUACCCCAUUAAAGGUUGAUUUCACAAUACUGGUGAAUUCGUAUCUAUCUCAAAGGAAUAAAAGUGCCUCCAAUAAAGAAAAACAUUUUCAAACACGAA